AUGGCGGCCGUCUACAAGAGCUUGUCGAAGAGAACCGACCAGAAGGAGGCAGCGCCGGUAGAUGGAGCUGUGAAGAGCGUCAACAAGCAGCGUGUCCUGCUGCUUUCAAGCAGAGGCGUGACACACCGACACCUGCUCAACGACUUGGCGACGCUGAUGCCCCACGGAAAGAGGUACAACUGCAACAACAUCGUCUUCUUCGAAGCAAGAAAGCACAAGGAUCUUUACCUCUGGAUGGCAAGAAGCGGCAACGGAUGCAGUAUCAAGUUCCAUGUUCAGAACAUGAUGAAGAAAAUGUUCAUUGCUGCUUUCGGAGUGCCUCCCGGGGCGAGAAAGGCCAAGCCGUUCAUUGAUCACGUGAUGAGCUUCUCGGUGCUGGAUGGCAAGAUCUGGGUCCGGAACUACGAGAUCCAGGAGAAGGAGGGCCAGGAAGACGAUGGAGAAAAGACUGUGACCAAGGGUGGGAAGACGAUUUCCACCUCUCUGCAAGAAAUCGGCCCCCGCUUCACCCUCACGCCUGUCGUCAUUUUGGAGGGGGCUUUUGGAGGGCCAAAAAUCUUCGAAAACAAGGAGUAUGUCAGCCCCAACCUGGUCAGGUCUGAUAUGAGAAGGAAGAAGGCGGUCCGUCACACGGCGAGGGCUGAGAAGGUUGUCGAGCGGAUGUCCAAGAAGGGUGACCUUGGUCUUCGAUCUACAGGAGGCAAGCCGGCGGCCAAGGAUGAGCUGGACACCAAGACUUUGUUCGCUUAA